CAUGUCGACUACGUUUCGAUGGUCGUCAACCAUUAUCCCCCGACUCAGUGUGCCGCGUAUGUCCAAAAGACUCCUUUAACACAGUGUUGCACCUGUGAAGUUUGGCUUUCCGAUCACGUCGCCAUCAAUAACCUGUUUCGUUAUACGGAGCCGUCGAGCGUGUUCGACAAUUUCGCGGGAAAUAAUGACGCUUCUCAUAGCGUCGACGCGAUCAGCUUUUCCAACAACUUCGUCAACAGUACAUUCACGCCGUUCGGCAAUUCCAAUGCCAAUACCGACACCUUUCAUCAGGACGCGAACCUCACCUCGACCACUGCCGCGCCUACUUUCUCCCCGAGUCCCUGUCGUGCGUUUAGCCCUUACAAUGAUGUCGGCAAUAUCCCACUCGCCCCAUACAUGCCCUCUCCUUCGACCAGUCACACCCCAUCCGGUAUUCAAUCGGAUGUUCAGGUCCAGGGUUAUAGCCCAGACCAUUACUUCGUUCAAUACCCAGGCCAUUCCAUGGUCAAUCCCUAUGCUCAUCAGGCAGACGUCAGUGCAAUGGGCGAGAGUUUUGGUUAUCAGUAUUAUUCGCCAAACACUGAGGCUGGGUCGGACCCAUACAUCUAGUCCAUGACUUCAACAGCCUCCUAAAUUUUUCUUUCAUUCUCUGGAUCCUCGGCAUGCCCUCUGCCAGUCCAUGUACUCAUCCCCUUCCUAUCUGGGCAUCGACGACCAUCCAAAACAACAUCCAAUAAAUUGCUCGCGCAUUGUAUUCUCAUUCGUAUAUUCUUUCGGCUCAACCCUUCCUUCACCCAUCGUCACCUCACUGUUGCACAAAUUCCCUAGUUUGUUGAAUGCUGUCUCUAGUUGCUAUCUUUCAUUUCCUUCU